AUGCCUACCAUUUCCGUCAAUAAGCAGCAAUUGUUUGAUCAGAUAGGCAAAAACUAUACCACAGAUGAAUUUGACGAACUAUGUUUUCAGUUUGGUAUUGAAUUAGAUGAGGACACUACAGAAGACGCAUUGAAGAAUAAUGAGGAGCCGGAAUUGAAAAUAGAAAUUGGUGCUAACCGUUACGACUUGUUGUGUAUCGAAGGUAUCGCACAAUCGCUGAACGAGUACCUUGAAAGGGCCGAAACUCCAAAAUAUAAAUUGAGUAAGCCCACAACGAAAUUGUUUAUUGAUCCAUCCACUGAACAGAUUAGACCAUACGCAUGUGCAGCUAUUUUGAGAAAUAUUAAAUUUACCAAAUAUUCCUAUGCGUCAUUUAUUGCUCUGCAAGACAAGCUCCACUCUAAUAUUUGUAGAAACAGAACACUUGUCGCCGUGGGUACCCAUGAUCUAGAUUCCAUCAAAGGACCAUUCUAUUAUAAGGCUCUGCCACCAAGAGAUAUUAGCUUUGUACCACUCAAUCAAACGAAAGAAUUUGAUAGUGCUGAACUGAUGGAGUUUUACAAGCAACCUGAACAAAAAAAUAACCUGGGACGUUUUGUUCAUAUAAUCGAGAGCUCACCAGCCUAUCCUGUCAUAAAAGACGCUAACGACACAGUUUGCUCUCUUCCUCCAAUCAUCAACUCCGAACACAGUAAGAUAUCUCUAGAAACGAAGAAUAUUUUUAUUGAAAUUACUGCCACAGAUAAAACGAAAGCAGAAAUUGUCCUAAAUCAAUUAGUGGCCAUGUUUUCUCGUUACUGUGAAGAUCAAUUUUGUGUUGAACCCGUCGAAAUUGUCUCUGAACAUAAUGGUCAGUCUCGGAUUACUCCAAAUUUUGAAGAAAGAACUGUCGAUACUUCGAUCUCUUAUAUCAACUCUGCUUUAGGUCUAGAACAAUCACCAGAACAAAUUGCUUCUUGCUUGAAAAAACUAUCCCUGCAUGCUACGCCUUCAAAGACUAACGCUGACGUUUUAAAUGUAAAGCUUCCAAUUACCAGGCCCGAUGUUCUACAUCCUUGCGAUGUUAUGGAAGAUGCCGCUAUUGGUUACGGCUAUGAUAAUUUGCCUAAAGGGACCAAGCUAUCUAAUGCGAACUUCAUUGCAUCAGCAUUACCAAUAAAUAAAGUUGCCGAUAUUUUCAGAAUUGCUUCCUCACAAGCAUCUUGGCUUGAGGUUAUGCCACUGACCUUAUGCUCUCAUGAUGAAAAUUUCAAAUUUUUAAGACUGGAGGAUGAUGGCAGCCAAGUUGUUAAACUUGCAAAUCCAAAAACGUUGGAAUAUCAAGUUGUCAGAACUACCUUAUUGCCUGGUAUUUUAAAAACAGUGAAGGAGAAUAGAAAACAUUCUUUGCCAAUUAAGGUCUUUGAAACCGGUGAUGCUGUCUUUAAGAAUGACAAACUUGAGAGGAAAUCAUAUAAUGAACGUCAUUGGGGUGCUAUAUAUGCAGGCAGAACAUCCGGUUUUGAAAUCAUUCAGGGCUUGUUGGGUAAAAUAAUGCAAACUUUCCGCACAGAGUGGCUUGCUGAUUACGGAGCAAACUCAUCAGGUAGAGGAUAUUGGACUGAGCAAGACGAUUCUUUGGCUACCUAUUUCCCCGGCAGAGGUGCUAGUAUCUUCUUCAGAACCAGAGAAGGUGAGCAACCCAAAAAAAUUGGGCAUAUGGGUGUUUUGCAUCCUGAAGUCAUGAACAACUUUGAAAUUCCAUACGCCGCCUCUUAUGUUGAGUUAAACGCCGAGGCUUUUUUAUAA